AUGGCAAUGGACUCGGCCCACGGUAAGGAGGCUGCAUCCCCUCCACUAUUACCACCACCACCACGGGCAUCAUCGCGGCCCCCCCUGCUCCCAUUGAGCACCAACUCCAUUCGACUGGCCUCGCCCGCAUCGAAUUUCCCACAUGCUCAUGGUCUCUCAGAUGCACUCGGUCCCGUCAAGCCCAGGAAGCGUCCUCGAUCGCGCGGCUCGACCACUUCGAUUCACAGCGCCACGACGCAGGCCAAUGUGGAACACAGUUUCGCCGACUCGGCCGACGUGUACUCCUCGCAAUGGCUGCCCAAUAAUGCCAGCCACCCAAGGGAACUCCCCAACGGCACCGCCCAAAUGACCCCAGAGGAUCUGUUGCUCGCGUCGCAGCUGCAAGAAAGUCGCGACUUUGGGCAAGACCCAUCCCUCAACGCGCCACUGCAGAAUGUAUCCUUUCACCACCACAGUCAUAGUAUGAGCCGUCAAUCUCUCUCAGCCGAGUCUUUUGCGGGGAACACGAGCUUCGCCGACGACAGCCAAAUGUUGGAUCGGGAUGUCAAUGAGGACGGCGACUCGUUCCACGGCAUGGCGCCGGCUACCAAGUCGGGCGCGCGUUCCAACGCGAACAAUGAGAUUGAGAUGCGCCAGCUGUUCCAUGCCAACAAACAUCGUACUCUCGAGGAGGUUGCCCAUGAGCUACUUGGCAACGACCGCGGCCCGAACUCCGAACGAGCGCGGCAGGUGUUUGCGAUGCUUUGGAUCAAUUUGGUAUGCUCAUCGGGGAAGGGGUCGGUGCCACGGGGGCGCGUCUACGCCAACUACGCUUCCCAGUGCGCAACCGAGAGGAUCACAGUUCUGAACCCUGCUAGUUUUGGGAAACUGGUACGCGUUCUGUUCCCCGGCCUAAAGACUCGACGUCUCGGAGUGCGAGGAGAGUCGAAAUAUCACUACGUGAAUUUUCAACUACGGGAAGAGCAACCUGAGCUUCGUAAGAGCCCAAGCCGGGCGGUGCCGUUGGGAGAGAACCCAGCGUUGUCGCAAACGUUUAACGCUAUCCCCGUUGCCGCCAACGCUGCUUCUCUUCGCCCCGAGCGGACACCCUAUUCCGCGCCUCCGGUUCCGGACCAGCCAGCAGCCAAGACCGGCCGAUCGUAUGAGUUCCGCCAUAGUCUCUAUAACCAACCGCAAGUGGCCAGCUUCGACCAACUGCAAUCCACGAUGGGCAAGACACCUCAGCGGCUCUGCUUCUCAACCGAAACAGCCGAAACCUUCAAACAGUCCGACCCCAUCAUUCUUCCACGAAUCGAGCCCUUCCUUCCGAACGGCACCGAUCCGGACGCGGCCAAGUCCCUCGUAGCCCUCUAUCGGUCCUAUUGCACCUCUCUUGUCGAGUGUAUCCGCUACUGCAAAGAAAAGGCGUUCUUCCACCUGUUCACAUCGUUCCAGGGCACUCUUACCAUGCCGGUGCAGAAGCUCUUUGCAAACCCAGCCCUCGCUCCGUGGAUUGAGGAAUCCGAUUUUGUCCUAUACCAGCGGAUGAUGCGUAUUGUUUCGGGGUUAACGCUCCAAGUUGUGCCCAAGCCGGUUCUCGACACGCUACGCAACAUAUCGGAGCGGCUUGUACCGCAUAUCCGAGAAUCCUUCCAAGGACAGCCUCUCCAUGUCGUCAGAGCGAAGGAAGGACCUGCGACCAUCUUUGCUGGAUUGCUCGAUCGGGCUCUGCGGGUGAAUCUUACCGCUCAUGCGGCAGCAAACAUGUUGUCCAACCCCGCGAACCGCGAUCUAAUGUACACGGAGUGGAUUUCCAUGAUCAAUGUUCGGAAACUAGCAGAGAGCAUCCCUUCGCGUGGUAUGGAUGAUGUCGUUACCCUCCUCCUCAACGACAUGCGGGAUCUGCUUAAUCCAGUCAACAUCCCAUGGGAAAUGGAGUGCCUGACGGUGCAGGGGGAGAUCGCAAUGCGUAGCGGGCGGCCCCCUCAAGAGACGAACGGCGAAGAGACCGGCUCCACCAACGUGUUGGAUCGGUGGGUCGGGUUGUUGCGGUCUCUACCCAGCCGCUUUCCCUAUGCAUCAGAUACCGACCUUGUGUGGUGUGUUCAGCGGCUAAGCACGGCGCUGAUGAGGGAUCUCACAAUUGGGCAAGGGAAAAGCUUCGGGUCCUGGUGGGUGACCAAGUGCUGGGUCGACGAGAUGAUCCAGUUCAUGGCAGAGCAAGGCGGGUUCAUGCAACAAACCUCAAGCCAGGGCCCUUUAGAGGCUUCAAGGAGACAGUCGACGAACCAGGAACUCAGUCACCAGGAACCGCGGUACAACAGCGCCGACGAUGACUUGACCAUGCCACGCAUGUCGGAUCCACAACCGGAACGCACAACGUUUCCUUCAGAUACCCCACCGAACAAUCAGCAAACCGUACACGACGACAGCGGAAUCGGGAUCCGGACACCCGAUGAGGAGAUGCCAGCGGACAAAUUCAGCUUGACACCGGCAACGACUCAAGAUCUGUUCGCAGGUACCGAUUUGCAGGACGAGCUUGGGGAUAUAUGA